GUUCGGGCAUGCUUACCGGUCGGUCGGCCGAACAGUCCUCGCAACAGUCGUGGCACAACCGUCAUCAUAGACACAACAACGCGCACACAUUCGACAAACACACGGGGUAGCUACGCGCACCACACGAUAUGUCGACGUGAUCCGCGUGCCAGCAACAGACCGUCAUCGUUUUCGGAGCGGUACGCUCGUUGAUGGAUUUCUCCGAGAUCACUUCGCGUUGCAACAAUAGCGUUGUGUGUAAAAAUAGACUGUGUUUUGAUUUCAAAAAAUCGUGUGUGUAAUUUGUGCGGCCGUCCGUCGGUCAACGAACAUAACCGAUUCGAAUAUUUUGUUUUUUUUUCCUCAUACAUAUAUUGACUUUCUUAUAUAUAUUGACUCUCUUAUAACGUGUGCGUGCGUGCAAUACCAUCGCUCGAGUUCAGUAUGAAAAUCUUCGGUUAUGACUGCGGCGUGUAAUCUUCGGAACACAGCUGUCGUGUCGCUUGGAGGAGUGUAGCAGCCGCCGUAUAACGCGUCGUAACGCUCAUCGCGCGAUCGACAUUAUCACCGGCUUGCCACCUGCUCGGACCCUGUCGCCGAUCCGCAUGUCCCGCAGAAAGCAAUCCCGACCGGUCAAGGUCCUUGACGACGGAUCCGAGGAAGACACGGGACAACCGGUGGUCUUCGUCAACGGUCAUCGUCGAGCGUCGUCGUCGCUGGCGGCAUCGCAAUACGAUGACGGGGCCGUAUCCAUGACAACGUCGGACGACGAACAAGACGAAGAAAACGGACCGAUACACGGCAAAAAAUUACCCAGAAAAUUGUCAAACACCUGCCGGCAGUGUGCCAUGGGUUUCCUCAGCUUUUCCGAACUGUCGGAGCACAACAAAACUUGCGUGCUCCGCACAGAGGCCGCCGACAGCGAAGACGACGAGCAGCAGAACCGUCGUCGUCGUAAACGGGCGAGGCGGCACGAUCGAAACGUCGACGUUGACAAAUACGACUACGAUGACGACGACGAGGAUGGCGAUGGCGAACUCCAAGAAAUCCACGAGGGCCACGACGACGACGACGACGAGGCGCUGAAUGUGACCACGGAACGGUCGUCGUACGAACGGCAACGGUAUGGGCAUCGUCGUCGUCGAAUCCGCGACGUCGCUGAAGCGGCAGAUUUGAGAUGCAACGGAGGAAGACACGAUGGAGGCGACAAAACGCACGAAGAACAGCGGAGACGGCGGCGGCAGGACGCGGAAAACAACAACCGCCGGCGUUACAGCGGUGGUAGCGUCGUCGUCACCGCCGCAGGACGGGAACCGGACGAAUCGGGCACCGGCGGUUUUCCGUUUGGUUUCGCAAACGCGGGUGCGGUGGGUCCCGCCGCGAUAGACGCGUUGUCCCAACACCACCUACAGCAACAACAACAACACAUUCCGGGACACGUCACUCUGGAAGCGCUACAAAACACCAAGGUGGCGGUAGCGCAGUUUGCCGCUACCGCUAUGGCCAUCGCCAACAACGGAGGCGUUGCAGCCGCCGGCAAUCCUAACGUACUCCAAGAUCUGGCCAUAGUCAAUUCGACACUGUUCACGCUGCAGCACCAACAGAUGAUGCAGCUCAGCCUCAUACAACAGUUGCGGCAACAGUUGCAGAUCAGUCGCCGCGGCGGACGGGACGAAGAGAGCGAUUGCGCCGGGUCGGCAACGUCGCUUACGCCUACCCUCCCGCCGUCGACGAGCGCGGCCGACAUCGGUACCGGCGGCAGUACCGACGGUUCCGACCGGAUGUCGCCGAACAACGGCGACGACGACAACGACAACGACGACGAAGAAGACGACGUUGUGAGAUAUGACGAUGAAAAAUCGACCGGUGGUGACUUGCCGCCGCCGCUAUCGACCGUCGAAUCCGAUCUACGAUUACUUCUACGACGACGACCGUCGCAAACACCGCCGCUCAGCGAUCGGGCGACCGCCGUUCGACGAACCGACACCAUAACGCCGUCAUUCACUGCCGCCGCGUUCAGUCGAUCUCCGACGCCGCCGCCGUCUCGUUCGCCGGCAUCGGCGAGCGUCGCCUCCACCGCCGUUGCGGCUUCGUCAACAACGACGCCGCCACCGCUCAUCAACGGUACACGUUAUCCGACGGUGCAGGCCGUGGACAAGAGCGCGCCGACGUCGUCAUCGACGUACUCGUCCACAGCCGCCCCCGCUCCGAUAACCACACAUCACGAUUUCAUACCGUCCUGUUCGGUGUCGUCGGCUUUCGCGUCGUCCAUCAUCACUAACCUGGACCCACCGCCAUCGCCCAGCGAGCCCAACACGUUGGAAAUGCUGCAGAGGCGCGCCCAAGAAGUGCUGGACAAGGCCAGCCAAGGGUUGUUGGCCAAUAACCUGGCGGACGAGCUUUCUUUCCGGAAGGGCGGAGGAGCCGGCGGACCUAACGGCGUCGGCAACGGCAAGGGCAGCGGCGGUUCGCUAUCGCCGUACGGCGACGGCAAGUCUUCGUCCGGUGGCGGUGGCCGAGGUGAUAAUUUCUACAAACACCGAUGCCGGUACUGCGGCAAAGUGUUUGGCAGCGACUCGGCCCUGCAGAUACACAUCAGAUCGCACACGGGCGAACGGCCGUUCAAAUGCAAUGUGUGCGGUAGCCGGUUCACCACCAAGGGCAACCUGAAAGUGCAUUUUCAGCGUCACACGACCAAGUUUCCGAACGUCAAAAUGAACCCGCUGCCCGUGCCCGAACACCUGGACAAGGAAUUCCCGUCUUUGAUACCGCCGCACUUGAGCGGCGGCAGCCCUCAUCAUCAUCAUCAUCAGCAGCAACAGCAACAGCAGCACCAUCACAGUGGCAAUUCUCAACAAAACGUAUCGGUAGCGGCUACUUCACCGAUAUCCCAUCAUCAACAUCCGCAUUCGCAUCAUCAUCAGUUUUCCAACGCCGCCGCCGUCGCUUCGUCGUCGCCUUCGUUUUCGGCUGCGGCCGCAGCCGCCGCGGCGGCUUUAUCGUUGUUCCGACCGGCCGCUGCGGCCGGUCAUCACGGACUCGGUCAGGCGUCUCAACAAACGCAACAACAGUCGGCGGCGGCCGACGGUAUUACCGCGGCCGUACUCGCCGCCUCCGGUCUACAGCAACAGCGUUCGGCGGUCGAACAGCGCGGCACCGGCGGCCCAUCGCUGCAAAACUUUUUCCAUCGGUUCGAACGAGAACACGAGCAUCAACAGCAUCAUCAACAACAGCAAGAUCAACCGGAAAAUCUAAGCAGCAAACCGGCCGUCGCUUGUUCUUCCCGCGAUUCGACAUCUUUGUCGCCGGUUCUCCCGGCACCGCUACCGACCACAGAAACGUCAUUCGAUGAUAAAUUGGAAGACUACGAUGACGACGACGCCGAUGAAGAGGCGGUGGCGAAGCCUGCUGACACGGCCGAAGGCUUACGGCGGCGCCAGCGACUGGCGUGCAAUGACGUGGAUGCGCAGACAGACGAACUCAGCGUGGACACAAAGUACAGCGACGACGAAGACGAAGACGAUCUCAACGACGGAGGAAUACAAACGGACCUACCGGAAAAUCUAUCGAACAAAAGUGCUAGAAUGCUUUCUAGUCCGCCGCCGCCGUUAAUGACGUCUGACGACGAUUCCUGCUCGCCCCGACCCACGUCAUCGUCUUCCAACAACAAGUACCACCGCGGCGAAGUCGGGUCCCGGCCCGAAUCUCCCGUCACGAAUUUCAGCCGGUACUCACCUCCACUGGACCUGACGCCCAAGCAUUCGUCAGCCGCCGCUGUGGCCGCCGCAAAUCACAUCAUCUCGGCGUAUCUACCACCGUCGUUUGGCGGGCUGAUGGCCAGUGCCGCAGGUGCCGCUACCGGAUCUGUCAUGUCCGGUCACGGGCCGUCUUUUGGACCUGCCGCGACCCGAGGAAACACCACGUGCAACAUCUGUUUCAAGACGUUCGCGUGCCACUCCGCACUGGAAAUUCAUUACAGGAGUCACACCAAGGAGAGACCGUUCAAAUGCACUGUUUGUGACAGAGGAUUUUCCACAAAGGGUAAUAUGAAACAGCACAUGUUAACGCAUAAGACUCGUGACAUGUCUACCGGUGGCGGCAGCUCAAGCGGAGUUUACGAUGUCAACUCCACCAGUUGCGGUCACGACGAUACGGCCAGUAACACAAGCUCCGAAAGCCGAGACACUCAACAUCAUCAUCAUCAUCAACAGCAGCAGCAACAGCAAAUGAUGUUCUUGUCGGCUGCCGCAGCCGCUGCGGGCGUCAAUCACGUAGCGAUACCGUCCAAUUCAUCAGCGGCGGCAGUGACCACCGGCGGUGUCCAUUCGAUCCCGAUCGGCGUGCAAAACUCCGCAACGGUAUCGGUGGCGAACGCAUCCACCUGCACGCCGCCGACCGCCUCGUUCGACGAAUUUCCGACGACAACGGCGGCGACCAUUGUUGCCGGUGUCGCAGCGGCCACAACUCAACCGAAACCUAUAGUCUUGCCACCGAUUUCGGUACCGUCACCGUUGUCUUCGUUGACACCGACGGUUACCGUUGCGACAAAUGGCGGCGUUCAAAACCACAACAACGUGAACAGCAGCACCGGCAACGUCGUCAUCGUUAACAACAACAACAACAAUAAUAAUAAUAACAAUAACAACGUCAGAAAGGGCGAAUGUCUAUCGUUAUCACCUAAACGUUCGUUGCCGGAUUCCGAUAUCGGUCUACCGAUACCCAAGAGACAACCGAGUUCGCCGAAACAUUUAUGUCACGUGUGCAACAAAAACUUUUCAUCAUCGUCCGCUCUCCAGAUACACAUGAGAACUCAUACGGGCGACAAACCUUUCCGAUGCACAGUUUGUCUGAAAGCGUUUACCACCAAAGGCAAUUUAAAGGUACAUAUGGGAACGCAUAUGUGGACCAACGGAACUUCUAGAAGAGGUCGGAGGAUGUCUCUGGAGCUGCCGCCGCCCUUACAAAUGACCAACAGCGGUGGCGUCAAGGAAACGGACUUUAUGCAGAGAAGGCCUGACAUUUACUAUCAUCCUUUUUUGCCCGGCCCGUUUCUGAACGGCAUACACCAACAAAAGAUAAACGAGAUAUCGGUCAUACAAAACGUGAACAGCAACGUGAGCAAUCGUAUUUUGAGCGGAUUCGGUAAUUUUGGAGGUGCCGUCGCAUCGUCGUUUGCUAGUGAUUUGUUGCUGAAUAAGACGACAACGGAUUCAGUAACAGAUAAACAGCAGCUCUCGCCGCCAUCAUCUCACCGCCAUCCCUUCGUCGAUCACCAUCAUCAUCGGCUACACCAGCAUCAUCAACACCGUUUGAGCACGCCGCCGUUGUGGGAUUUGCAGUACGACGGGCGAACGCCCGCUACCGUCAACAUCGAGUCCGUUGAGGCGGCCGCGGCCACGGCCGAAGACGAAGAUGACGACGACGACGAUAGGGAUCAUCGCCGUCGACGCCACCGACAACUCGACGAUCACGCGUCCCAAUCGCCGCCACAGACUCCGCCGUCAAUUUCUCAUACCAACCAUAUCGGCCAGAAUCGCACCGAGGGCUUGGCCACAUAACAUUUUCUCGAAUAUUUGCGUUUUAACCGGUAAAACUCAAAUGUUGGUCGCGCACACGGUGACACACAACGUCUGGUCAUCGCAAUCUUUACACACGCCGAAGGUGAUAACAUCAGGUUACCACUACUACCGAACGGGUUACAAUAGAUGUAAAACACAUCCGCACUAUAUUUUUUCAUUUUUACUGUUAGAAAUAUACUGUGUAUAACAAUUUUUGUAAGGUCUAGAAUAAAAAUUUUAAACUGAUAACUUCUAUCGACGAGAUUCGCUUUUCUUUUCAUAGUCGACAUCUUUGAAAAUCGUUAUUUGUGUCGAUUUUGUUUUAAAACCAUUUGUUUCUUCAUUAUACUCUACUAAUUAAACAUGAAAAAAAUCAUAUUAUAUGCACCCGUCUACGAGAUUUUGACAAAUCCAUAUAAUUUUCUUAUAACUAUUUGUAAAAACCUCGUGGAACGCCGUCGUAUAGUACGAUACGCGCACGAACGUUACAUUGUUUAUAUGUUUGUCGUUUACGGUGUAUCAACUAUGUAUUGUUGUUAUUUAUUCUUACGAUUUAUGAAUUGUCAAAAAUCGAUGAGAUUGAUUAAUAUUUAAUUAAUUCUGUAUCAAAACGUCGAGUUUCUUUGCUUUCUUAGAUUUUAGUAAUUUUUCCGAAACCUAAACCAUAUUUGUAUUAAUUGCUGAUAUCUAUCACCACUAUAUGUAUUUACCUCUUAAUUGUAAUAUUAUAAAUUAUUAUUUAUGUAAAAAAAAAAAAAAAUGAUAUGUGUGUAUAUAUGAUUGUAUAGUAAAUAUUGUAAUAUCAUUAUCUAAUAAAAUAAUUAAUUAUUAUAUACUUAAGUAAUUAUUAUCAUUGUGUUUGUAUAAUAAUAAUAAUUGAAUAAUUAUAAUUAUCAGCAAUUGUUUUCAUUUAUAACGAUUUUGUAACGACUAAUAGAUAAAAUAAUGUUACUCUAAACGGAUUCGUACUAAUUCGUCUUAAUAUCAUGUACCAGAAUUAAGGUGGUAAACGUGCGAAAUGUACUCUAAUUAAUAAUGUGUAAUAUAAAAUGUAUUAUAGUAUUCCGAUGGUAUUUGUAAAAGUACAAAUACAUACGCGGUGAAAUUUGCACCAUCGGAACUGUUGUGUUGUAAUCGGACAUGCAAAAGUUAAAUUAAAAUAAUAAUUUUUUUUUUGAAAGACACAACUUUAUUUUACGGGUUUAGAAUAAUUUUUGUAUUGUUGACAAUGUAAUUGAGGACGCGAUACAAAUGAAUAUAAAUAUACCUUUUUUUCUAAAUAAAAUAUUAUUAUUAUUAUAUUGUAAUUAUUAUUAGUAUUGACAAGCUAUUAUUGUAAAUGUUAUUAUUUAUUGAUGAAUGUUCCUAAAAUUACUAGUCCAAAAAAAAUGAAAAAUUUUAUAAAAAAAAAAUAAUAAUAAUGAAAUGAUUUUACACGCAAAAGCCUAUAUUGUAAUUUUUAUCGAUUUAUGUAUAAAUCAAAAUAUUGUAAUAAAAUUUAGAGUUGUCACUGAAUCUCACAUGAAUUGUAAUAGAUAGUUAUAGUUGAAUUAUAUUUAUAUACAUAUAUCACAAUUAUAU